AUGCAUGUUCGGGUUAAUGAUGAUGAAAUACUAAAGAAAUUUUGGGAAAUUGAAGAACAACAGCCUCGAUUAAGUAAGUUACCAACUGAGGAAGAACAACGAUGUGAAGAAUUUUUUAGAGCUACAACUACAAGAACGGAGUUAGGAAGAUACGUGGUAAGUCUACCAUUCAAAACUGAAGAACCAUUUUGCACCGGAGGCAAUUCUAGACACAUUGCGAUAAAAAGGCUAGAAGCAUUAGAGAAGAAAUUAGACAAGGACAACGACUUGAAAAACAAAUACAUUGAAGUAAUAAAUGAAUACCUUAAAUUAGACCAUAUGAGACCUGUUAAGGAAACUGAUGAUAUGACGGAAUUCGCUGUAUAUUUGCCGCACCACGCUGUAGUAAGAAAUGACAAAUCUACUUCAAAAGUACGUGUAGUUUUCAAUGCGUCAAGCCCAAAUAAUAAAGGAGUUUCUUUGAAUGAUACUCUCAUGGUUGGACCAACUCUACAAGCUGAUCUGCGUCAUAUUAUUAUGAGAUGGCGAUUACAUCCCAUUGCAUUAGUAGCAGAUAUUAUUAAAAUGUAUCGUCAAGUAAGGAUCAAUGAAAAUGAUGCUAUAUAUCAAAGAAUUGUAUGGCGCAAUAAACCUGAAGAUGAAAUAAAGGACUAUGAGUUGGUAACGGUGACAUUUGGAACAGCUUCCGCACCUUUUCUAGCAGUACGAGCCAUGCAUCAAUUAGCUUAUGAUGAAGAUGAAGAUGAAAUCAUAAGGAUCAUACAUCACAGAGCACUCACUCGAUACAGCAACGCCGGCAAAUUUGUAACACUGAGAUUGACGAAAUUUCCUUGUUGUGAUGAGAUCAAGUACGGAACCCUCCUAUCACCGCUACGAUGGACUCACAGACACAUCCACACGACCACACAACUCCACGGCAUCGAGGUAGUCAAGGCACCUAACUUCCCAGAUUCUGUGAGCAGUGGCGAUGUCAAAUUAAUAAAGAAAGAAGGAGACCCCGUGGCUAUGGACGAAGUGGUGCUGGAGAUAGAGACGGACAAGACGGCGCUGCCGGUCAUGUCGCCGGGACACGGCACGGUCGCCAAGCUGCUGGUGAAGAACGGAGAAGCUGUCAAGUCGCAACAGCCACUCUUCGAGAUCAACGUGACAGGGGUGGCGCCACCAGCUGCUGCUCCCGCCGCUGCUGCGCCGGCGCCGGCAGCCCCCGCCGCCCCCGCUGCCCCCGCCGCAGCCCCCGCCGCUGCGAAACCAGCCGUGGCAGCUGCCAAGCCCGCGGCUGUAUCAGUCGCCAAGGGGCCUGCUAAAGCCGCUGGACCUACUUUGGCAGCGCAAAGAAUCGGCGACCCCACGAAGACGAUAUCAGGAUCUCGCACAGAACACCCCGUGCCCAUGAACAAGAUGAGGAAACGCAUCGCUGAGAGGCUGAAGGAAGCCCAGAACACCACUGCCAUGUUGACCACCUUCAACGAGUGCGAUAUGAGCAAGCUGAUGUCCUUCCGGAAAGCGAACCUGGACGCGUUCGUCAAGAAAUACGGAGUGAAGCUGUCAUUCAUGUCGCCAUUCCUGAAAGCAUCUGCCAACGCGCUGAUAGACCAGCCAGUCAUAAAUGGCGUUAUCAUCGGGGAAGAUAUUAUUUAUAGAGAUUACGUAGACAUAUCAGUGGCAGUAGCCACCCCCCGAGGCCUAGUGGUGCCGGUGUUGAGGAACGUGGAGUCUAUGGACUACCCGAGAAUCGAACUGGCGCUGAAUGCACUCGCUGAAAAGGCUAGAACCGGCAAGUUAACCCCCGCGGACAUGCAAGGUGGCACGUUCACCAUCAGCAACGGGGGAGUAUUCGGCUCCUUGCUCUCCAUGCCUAUCAUCAACCUGCCCCAGUCGGCCAUUUUGGGCAUGCAUGCGAUAUUCCAGCGGCCUGUCGUCAUUGGAGGCAAGAUUGAAAUACGACCCAUGAUGUAUCUGGCUCUAUCAUAUGACCACAGACUGAUAGACGGGCGCGAAGCUGUGUUUUUCUUGAGGAAAAUCAAGGCUGGUGUCGAAGACCCAACAUCUAUCCUCGCGGGAGUAUAG